GGUACAGGUUUCCCUCGUCCUGAAGAUAUAUAAUACAUGACGUCCUUUCCAACGUAUUUUACGCUUUCCUUCCUUUCCCUGAUGUCUCAGUUGUGUCGUCCAAGCGAUCUUGGUGCGGGAAGAUGCCAACCACUACGCCUGCCGCUUAUAGCAUGUGGUUCGCGCUUGCGCGCCGUAACGACCGGCAUCUCUUGCACAACCAACAGUAAUUCUGUGCUUGACUGUGCCAAAUGUUCCAAGGGUAGUCUAACGAUUUUAUCCUCUCCAUUCCCUCUUUCAAAGCGUUCGGCACCUCUGUGGCCUCAGUGCCCGUUCAUCAGUGAACGCAAGAGGUUUCACAGCCAUCGCUUCAUCACCGCCGACCGCUCAUUAAACUAAUCGACCCGACCUCUGCCAUUCCUUUCUAACCUCCACUCAUUUGGGUUCCGGGCUCAAGACUCACUCUUUGAACUCGUUCAAUCAUCUCCUUGACUUUCCCACCUACUCUGAUACCAAAUUUCAUUGAUAUAUUCGCAACGAGUGUACAUCAUGGCACCUCCCAUCUCGUCCUUGGCCGCGCGCGAUUUCAUCCCUGUCCAAGGCGCUGUGUCUGAGAACAAGCUGACGCCUGUAACAAUUGCAGGCAUCGUGGUUGCAUGCGUCCUUGGUGUAGGUGUUAUUUUAUGGUUGGGCAUUCGUUGGUAUCGUAAGAAAAGAAGUAAAGCACGAGGAGAUAAUCGUGCUUCAGCUUUCUUGGCUGUACGUGGAGUCACGAAGGAGGGAGAGGAGCCUAAGGACACGUUCUCGGGGUACGUCAAUCUUCCAGCUAUCGCUAUCGGCGGAAAUUUGUUCUCAAGAAGCCAGUUGGAUUCUGGCAUCGUUAUGCCGCACAAGACAUUAAGUCCCAAUGCUACGCGCGAAGAGAUUGUGCAACAUCAUAAAGAAGAGGGUACUCUCCCUCGUCCAUUCGCGCCAUUCAUGGGAGACGGCUCCACCUUGGCACCUCCGUCUCCGUUAGAAGGAUCUAAUCGAUCUUCAACUGCUUCCUUCCUUUCUAUCGCCCGAAACUCUUUCCUCAGCUCGAACUCCAGACGUAUCUCGGUAGCGUCUGUUGCGAGCACAGGGUCUGGCGGAGCUGUUACAACCGCUGGUGGCGGCACAGCACGCAAAGUCCGCCAAACCUUCAACCCUGUCCUGCCAGACGAACUUGUCAUCAGCGUUGGCGAACGUGUUACCAUGGUUAACUCGUUUGACGAUGGUUGGUGCAUCGUUGGCAGAGACGGCAUGGGCGGUACUGUAGAACUUGGCGCAGUACCAGCAUGGUGCUUCAUCAAGCCUGCUCCAGGUCUCCGCGCCGACCGACCGCUUCGAACAUCCAGUUUGGGUGUUACGAUCAACAUUGACGCGGGAUCUGGACCACGUCAGGAUGUCAUCUCCUGGUCCAACUUUUAAACCAUUCGACCGGUGCUCUUUUUCUUUGUCUUUUCUUCGCAGAUUUUACGACCCCUUGUGGCCAUGUUGCGUCAAGACAACCGGUGUAGAUUCGCCGAUCCUCCUUCCUCCUUCGGUGAAGGUUCUCUUUCAUGAGUUUAUGUUGCAUCUUCAUACCUACAUGGGCCUCCUUUUGCCCCCUCCCUUCUCCCGUGCCUGCCGGCUUACCGUUCUUCUUCGACGUGUUCUCAGGUACUGAUACCAGUUCAUUCUUAACGCAUACCUUCAUCAUGAUUCCCUGGUCUGCUGGUUUCCCUUCCACUUGCAUGUCCCUCGAAUGUAUGUCUGUUGAUCUCGCUGUAGAUAAUCGCUCAGGUGCAAUCUCUGCUUUUGUAUACCGUGCUUAAUACUUUGGCUCUCAUCUCAUAGAGUCACGUAAACUACUCUUCUGAAAUCUAGUCUCUGUUCUGCUUGCAUUGAAUUCUGUGAAUCAUUACGAUUGCUAUUCGUGGA